AAAAAACUAGUGGAAUUUUAUUGAAUAGCAUAAUAUGUGGGCAACAGUUUAAAAAAGUAGAAACUGAAAAAUUUGUUUUAAAAACAGACCUAGCCAAUAGUUGCUGCAUAAGCUUUGAUGGCUCAGUUUUAGUAAUAAAAUCCAUAGUACAGAAUGACUCAGAAAUCAGUUUAAUUUGUUAUAAAUUUGAAACAGUAACUGUUUUGUAUUUAAGCCCCAAACCAUCUAAUAGUAUUGGAACUUAUUUGUGUAGAAAUUUAUCAGUUGAACUUAAGGUUAUUUCCGAGGUUAUUUCACUCAACUCCAUUUCACACAAGGCAAUAAAGUUUCCUUUAAAUAAUUUAGGUGAAUUUGCAGUAACUUCAAUUUUACAUUGAUAAAACUGCAUUUUAUAUUGUGAAUUAUAAAUAUUAAUUAUUGUUUUUAUGUUUUAGUCAUUAUGCGAAACGCAAAAGAAAAUGUUUUUUUCUAUAUUUGUAAGAUACAGUUUGAUAAAAAAAAUGCACCCAUGGUUGCUAUUGUGCCUAACAUAUGGGUACAAAAUUGCAGCAACUUGUACUUUUGUUUUUGGCCGCCACAAAAAUGUCAAGUGACAAAAAUGAUAAAGUCUGCUGUUUUACCAGUUGAAGAAACAUGGUUACAAUAUCCUUGUGAGAUAUUAAAAACAUUUGGAACAUAUGAAGAAGCUAGAAGUAAACUACCAAAAUAUGACAAUAAUGAUGAUGCUGAAAGCUCGAAUAUUGAAAACCGGGGUCGUGGCAAGCGUAAAAAGAAACCAAAUACUUGGAAAAUGAAUUCAGAUUCAGACUCAGAUAGUUAUUCACCAUCAAUGAUAGCUAUGCCAGAACCUCCUACUUGGAUAAGAUCCCUUGAUGAUUCUUAUAAUAGAACAAACAAAUUAAAACAGUCUAUCACAACUCCAGUUUCACAAAAUCAAAUAAGAGAAUCUACAAAAUAUUCAACUAGUCUUACGACUCCAGUGUUCAAAAAAGUCACAUCAAUUUUUACCACUCCAGUUUCACAGGAAUAUAAUAACGAUAAUUCAAUUUCAGAAAAUAAUUUGACACAAAUGAAUUUACUUGUUCAAGAUCAGCUACCAACAGAAACAAAUUCUGACAAUUGUUUAUCUCCACCAAUGUUUGAAAAUGACAAUGAAUCUCAUAAUAAAGAAAAUGAACAGUAUCAGCCUUCAUCAUCCGAAGCCGUGGAUUUGUCUCAUGUCGAGCUCAACGUUAUAGACGAUUAA